AUGUCAUCCUGGUUUCGAAAAGAAAAUUCACUCACUGUCAAUCAAAAGCAACGGUUACUUAGUUCAUUAGAAAAUGGUAUGAUACAGGCAUCGCAACAAUAUAAAGGAUACUCGAAAAUUGGGGAAGUCCUGCACCUUCAAGGACCUCAUAUUUCUCUGAAAGCUUUGUCUACAGCAAUUGGUCAUUUACAGCGUCGUCAUCCUGUUUUGCGAAGUCGUCUUCAAAUUAACCGUGAAAAAACAAACAGUUAUUUUUUAGAAGAAGACGAUAUGCUUCAACUUCGGAUUCGAGAAAUACCACGAAAACGUGCCGAUCAUAUGAUCUUGUGGCGUCAAGAAUGGCGAGAGCGAGAAAAAGAAACAACUGUCAUUGGUCAAGGACUUGCUGAAUUUUGGCUUCUACAGGAUCCAGAUGAUGACAACGAUGACAACAGUCCACGCGAAAUAGUAGUUAUAUGCGAGCAUAGUGUCUGUGAUGCCUGUUCCCUCAGCACUGUGUUAGAUGAACUUCUCAUAGCGUUAUCUGAUGAUAAUAACAAUAUGUUUACGAGUUCAUUGAAUUGGCCAGAGACUAUGGAGGCAGCAAUUCAAAGAAGUCUCUCAAUAUUUGGAAAAGUGACCACACUUACUCGAUUUAUUCUUGGAGCAAUAUACUUACGCGCAACUAACAGACGGGCAAUUGCAAGAAUACCCGUUGCUAACGUCGAUUUUCCAUUAACUGAUAUGCCUGAUCAUUGUCACACUGAAACCUGUUACGCUGUGCUAAAUAAAGAAGAAACACAGAAACUAGUAGAAAAGUGCCGUCAAGAAGGUGUAACUGUAACAUCUGCUAUUAGCACUGCUAUUUUAUGCAGUGCUUCUAUGCUAGUAAAUUGUAACGAAGGUCAAUCAACCGCAUUACAUUUUUACAAUGUAGCUGAUACUCGAAGACGAUACGUGCCACCCAUUCCUAAUCAUGACCUUAGUUUUCAUGUAUCAGGUAUGAUGCCAUUUAUCAUACCUACGGAAGAUAUAUCAAUGUCUUCUGAAGGCAUGUGGCAACUUGCAAAAGCUUACGGACAUCAUAUGAAGAGGUGUAUCGACGGUGGUCAAAUACUUGCUCUUGGUAUUAUUAUCGGAAAGAUCUUCAAGAAGCUCUUUGGCCCACCUAGUUUUGACGAACUUCCCACUGUUAGUAUCUCUAGCUGGGGUGUUUUACCAUUUCAUGAACAAUAUGGACGAUGGAAACUUAUCGGCAUGACUCCUUUUCUUAAUAUGGUUCGAGGAUUGAAUCCAUACAUUACAAUUCAAACUGUUAAUGGAAUCUUGACAAUUAUGUGUGUUGGAAAUGAUCCUAUUAUUCCACUACGUAUUGUGGAAAAAUUGCUUGAUAGCACAAUGCAGAAACUAUAUCAGAUGAUCGGAGAUUGA